AUGACGAGUGACACUAUAUCAGAGGAUAAAGACUUCGAUUUUAAUGGUAUAUUUCCCGUAUGUACAGAUGGUUUUAACUGGGAUAAAGAAGCAUAUAGGGGAGAACCCGACGCUAAUAAAUUCACAAGUUUGUGUAGUGGUUUUUAUAUACAAGAAAGCAAAGGUAAUAGGUCUACAGAUUUCUCUAAAUUGUGUAGAGUUCUUGCUCUAUAUUUAAAAUAUAUAGGAGCCAAAGAAGAAUAUGUAAGAAAAAAUUGUUGUAAAUUAUUCUAUUAUAAACUGAAAAAAGAUAUAAUAGAUAUAUUUUUAAAAAAUGAAUAUCCUGAAGCUAAUGUUUGUUAUCAGAAAAUGAUUGACUACAGAAAAAAUGGUUUAGAUAUACAAAUAUCUAAUAUUUGUAAGGAUGAUUUUGUAAAUAUUGAUGUUGACUCAUGUAAAAUAAUGGAAAAUCUUUUUGAAAUAUAUAACUAUAUAAAUCUUUUUAAAUCUAAUUCAUAUCAGAGGACCACUCAAAAAAUGCGUGAUUUUAUGAGUUGCAUAAAAAAAUUAGAAACACAUUCUGAUAAGUAUAAAAACAGACUUAAGGAGGAACUCGAUAAAAUUAUUAAAAUAUGUGUACAGUAUAGAAAUAAUUGGGAGGGAUGGCACAAGUCUGCCUCAGAUCUCCUAACUGAGAGCUGGAUAGAAAAAAGAAGAAUAUAUUUCAAUGGGGAAGCUGCAAAAACAAAGAGUAUUCAUGUACAGACACAGACAUUGGAAUCUACAGUAUUUGAUUCUCAAGCUUCAAUGAGCACUGAUACAGGAGGAGAAACUAGCACAGGAAUAAAUAUUGGAAUGGUUUUUAUAACCUUUUCGAUAUUUAUAAUGAUUAUUAUUUUGUAUAAAUAUACGCCUUAUUUUUCAUUUUUAAAACCAAGGGUACGGAAAAUAAGAAGAAGGUUAAAUAAAAAUAACAAAAAUAAUCUGGACUUAAUGUAUUCAUUUGAUGUUGAAUACAAAAAUUUAAUUCACGAUAGGUAUAAUAUGGCAUAUAAAUGA